GCGCUAUUACUCUAGAGCUCUCCCUUAUUUAGCAAAAUAGAAGAGCAGCAACGUUUUGAUUGCGAUAUUUACUUGGGUGAUGAGAUGCCCACGUAAACGGCUCCUCAGAUAGGAGUUGUAUCCUUCCAAUUCCAAGUCGCGACGGAGCAGAUGGAAUAGUUGUUGACACAAUCUCCCUUCCAACAAACCAACCAGUGGGGUCAAAUCCCGACCUGUGUUCUUUUCAGAUGAAUCUCAAGCAAAGUUCACCAUCAACUUGGUUGAAGCCGUUCUUCAAGCGAGUGGCUUGUGAUGGAUGUGUUUUGAUAUUGCCACUUUCUGAUACUGUAAAUCGGUUAGUAAAAAAACCCCAGGACCGGCAAGAACUCUAUAUCCCAACAAAAACAUAAACCUACCGCAUACAUUACCAACAAAAAAGCAUUCAAAACCUCUCACUUAAAUAUUCUCCUUCCCAACCUCGAAAGCUCGAUGAAGCUACUGUAUCAAAGCGUCCCAAAAUUAACUCGUCCCACAUAACGUAGGUAAAGCUCAGACCACCCAAUCCCUGCAACAAGGCUGAAGCGACCAGAUCGCUCUCACUAUCAAUAUCACCAACUCUCAAGCUCUACAACCACACCACGAACAAUUGAACACCCAAACCGAACUACCCAAUCAUGUUCAACGCUCUAAAUCGCUUCAUUUCGCGACUAGAUUCCGAUGCACCAACCCAGAACUCAACAUUCGGGCACUUCGGCUUCCAAGUCCUCCGCAACAAAACAGCAGAACUACAUAUCGAGCCGUGGUUCGACUACAUAAUCGGGAUCAAUGGCCGUGUGAUUGUAUGUUUUCCCCCUCACAACAACAUUUACAUACGGAAAAGAAGGAGACUUAUAAAAAACAGGAUGAUUCCGACCCCGCUCUCUUCGCCCAAGAAGUCCGCAACUGCGCCGGCAGCACCGUAACCCUCGGAAUCUGGAGCGCAAAGGUACCCCCUCCUCUCCCCCUCCUUCUUCCCCCCUCCUUCUUCCUCCCUCCUUCUUCCUACCCAUCCUAACCCNCCCUCGGAAUCUGGAGCGCAAAGGUACCCCCUCCUCUCCCCCUCCUUCUUCCCCCCUCCUUCUUCCUCCCUCCUUCUUCCUACCCAUCCUAACCCCUCCAUCCAGGGCCAAAGAUCCCGCACCCUCCAAAUCCCCAUCCCCGCCUCGCAGCCCACCCUCGGCCUAGCCCUACAAUGGACCUCCCUCAGCGCCGCCGCAAACAUCUGGCACAUCCUCGACGUGCCCGCCAACUCGCCCGCCGACCUAGCCGGUCUCCUGCCUUACAGCGAUUACAUCCUCGGAACGCCCGAGGGGGUGCUACACGGGGAGGCAGGACUGGGGGUGUUGGUGGAGGACCAUAUCGGACGACCGUUACGGUUGUAUGUAUAUAACAACGAAUACAACGUCACGCGAGAAAUCACCAUUCAUCCGAGUAGAGACUGGGGCGGAGAGGGGGCCUUGGGAUGUGUCUUGGGAUAUGGAGCUUUACACAGAUUACCAGCACCGUUGAGUGAACCGCUUGCUGCGCCUGGCGAGACGCUUUUCGAUACGGAAAAUGCGCGGUUUUCGAAUGAGGAGAAUAGACCGUUGACUGGGGCGCCGGAGAGCCAGUUCUUCGUGCCUGCUGCUGCUAAUGAACCAGGGGAGUUCUUGGUACCGGCGCAAUUGGCUCCGCCGCCGACUGCUAGGACGGUUCCGACGAGGAAAAAGGAUAGGAAACAUGCGCAUGGUCAGACGGCGGGGAAGAGUGCUUUGGAUGAUUAUUUUAUGGAGGGGGAAACGAAGAGUAGGGAAUUGGAUCAUGCGCCUAGUCGGAAGAGUACACCUGCUUCUCCUCCACCUAAAGCAGGAGGGCCUCCAAAAGCUGAAGCUCCACCAGAGGGUCCGCCUCCCGCAGAGAGUGUUGAUGGAAGUGUAGACUAAUGACG